AUGGCUGUCGGCGCGUUCCUAGAGCCAUUCGUGGUUGUGUCGCUUCUGUUUGGCGGUGCUUGGUUCAACAGAAACAAGGAGUAUGACUUUUGGAAGGGGACCCAAGGCUGGGCUGGCGGCAGCACCAGUCACAAACGAAGAGAUGACUUUGGAGUAAAGCGUACAUCAACAGAUAGCAGUCCUACUUGGAGCUCUGGUUCAUCGUCGCCCACUCUCUCGUCUGAUGAUGAGUCGCCUUGGUCUCUCACAUCUCGGCAGCGGAACAUUCGAUUUUUCGGAUAUAAAAGGACUGUCAGAACUCCCAACACUCUCAUCUUCAAAGAUCGACUCCUUAGCCGAGUUCUCCAAAAGUUUCCCUUUCUGGUUGAAGCGUGGUAUUGGGCUCUCAUCUAUUGGGUAUACCAAUUGGGUCGCGCGUUUACGGCCGUCACCGUUGUCGAGGGAACUGUCCAUGUCGCGCGAAAGCAUGCCCUGAAGCUGGUUCAUCUGGAGCAACGCCUCGGUAUCUUCUGGGAGGUGGCCUUCCAGCAAUGGUUUUUGGAGCGUCCUGUUUUGUUGCACUGGAUAAACCGAGUCUACUCCUUCAUUCAUAUUCCUGGAACAAUCUUCUUCCUGGUAGCAUUGUUUUAUCUUACUACCUCUCAAAAGCGUCGGGGAAUGAAUGGUGGAGCCCGAAACGACAUCGUACCCGCAGGGCCAGCAUUAUACGAAGCCAGGCGUCGAACGAUGGCCAUGUGCAAUCUUCUUGCCUUUGUCGUCUUCACGGCAUGGCCUUGCAUGCCCCCUCGACUAUUGAGUGAUCCCAACUAUAACGGACCUGAUGCUCCGGAGGCGAAGAGCUUUGGCUUCGUUGAUAGCGUCCACAGCAGCGCGGGCGAGAGCAGCGUUUGGACAACGAACCGAUUCUGCAACCAAUAUGCUGCCAUGCCUUCUCUGCAUUUCGGCUAUUCUCUCCUUGUUGGCUUGACCGUUGCGACUCUCCCCGUCAAUGGCGUUCGACCCAACUCCUGGAAGCGCGUAGCUAACGGCGUUUUGGGCUUAUCUUACCCAGCACUCAUCUUCACAGCCAUUGUAGCAACCGCAAAUCACUUCAUCCUGGACGCCGUUGCCGGAGCGAUUGUUUGCGGCAUUGCUUGGAACGCGAACGGCUUGCUGUUGAACCUAUGUGUUUUUGAGGACUACUUCCUGUGGGUUGUGCGGAUUCACAAGCCCGUCAAUCACACCGAUCCCGAAACUGCAGUUGAGCUAGAAUUCCACCCGAUUCUCCUGUCGGAAGAAGUUUAG